AAAAUGCUCCUACAUUGAUUUGGGGUGAUAAGACCUGGCACAUUAUCGCUGAAGCCGAGGUUCCAUUUACAAAAGAUGUGUUCUGGAAAGAUCGUUGGACAAAAGAAGUAAACCUAGUAAUUCCGCCUAUAAGCUCUGUUGAAAUUAUCGGUGAUACAGAAACGGAAAUUCAGGAUCGGUUCUCCGAUGCUCACCACAAUCAAGAUUUCUUAAAAUCUACACCGACAAGGACGAUAAAAAGAAAAUUGAUUCCGAAGAGAAAGAAUAAAGAUGAAGAAUUAGAAGAAUUGGUAGAAUCUUUAGAAAGUCGCGUGGUCUACACUCCGCUGGUCGAAAAAGACAUUCCAUUUUAUUAUCCGAAGGUAUCGUGUAUUAGUUAUGUAUACUCUGAAUAUAAACCAAGUUGCGAUGCCUUAGUGAUCAGCAAAGAUUCAGAAGAUGAUUGUCAACCGCGGAUAAGAAUUCAAAUCAUUCCCUCUCAGUCAUUUGGAAGCUGGUUUCCGGUUACCGAGAAGAUGAAAUACGCGUACCAAAGACUUUUUAAAACAUUAUUCAAAUGGUGUCAAAAUACAGCAAAGGGAUACCAGAAGAGGUUUCAUCACGACUUAUUGGUUCCAAAAGAAUUCUAUCAUGAAACAUACCAAAGGAUCAAGUCAAAAUAUGCUGAUAGUUGGGUCAGAAAUUGGCCGGAAAAGACAGACCCAACAAAGUUUGUGUUUGAAGAUAUUGCAAUUGCAAGCUGGUUAAUUUCUUUAUGGGAAUUAGAAAGAAAAGAAAAUGGACAAGACAGGCCGCAAUCCUUCGUUGACCUGGGAUGUGGAAACGGUUUAUUGACAUAUUUACUAUCUGCUGAGGGACACGAAGGAGUCGGUAUCGAUUCAAGAAAGAGAAAAAUAUGGGAUAUAUUUCAGGAAAAGGGGACAAAUUUAAAAGUCGAAACAUUGCAGCCAAAUUCAGUUAAAUUUCCAAAUGUUGAUUGGUUAAUUGGAAAUCAUGCUGAUGAACUUGUUCCUUGGAUACCUAUCAUCGCUGCAAAAUCAUCGGAAAAUACAAAGUUUAUGGUAAUUCCAUGUUGCUUUUAUGCAUUGUCUGGAGUAAAAUACAAUUUUGAGAAGCGAAUAACAUGUGGCGGGAAGUACAAGGCAUAUCAAGAAUAUAUCCAAGAAAUUAUCGAAAAGUGUGGAUUCGUUGUGGAGUAUGAUUGGUUGCGAAUUCCUAGCACCAAGAAUGUUGCAAUGUUUCAAUUGCAAAUGAUGACCAUGGAAUAA